AUGUUCGCUUCAGGAAGUGCUUCCACUCCUGUUGUAGGACGAGAGCAUGUUUUGGGAUGAGCGUCGACGUUCCGUUUAUCGUUUACGUUACAUUGUUUAAAUAUCACAGUUAAAGGAGAACAAUAAGAGCGUCAGUUAAGAGAAACACAAGAACAGCUCUCGCUAGCUUUGGCUGGCAAGUGUAAAGACUAAUGCAGAUUUGACAAAACUAAAAGAUGGUUCGAAAACGCAUCAACAACAUGAUGUGACAAUUCGUCUAACAAGGAGCUGGAGGCCUUUGUAGCUUGUUUACUUAGAAAGUUAGAAAAGGCUAGACUGUUCACGGUCGGUUUAAGGCGUUUUGUUGAUCUCUUUACUCGUCAGUAUGUCCGAAAUCAUACACUCGUUUCAGUCGCAGCUGUCUGGGGUCAUGGAGACCGUUUUUAAAGCUGCCAUAUUUGAGAUCACCCGUCUCGUGGAGGACAGUUUCGUGAAGGAAGUGUCCCGCAGUCGAGAGCAGGUGGAAACCCUGAAGAAGAGGCUCCAGUGGAGCGAGACCAGACGGAAAAAUCAAGAGACGAGUGCGAGGGGUCUGAGGUGCGCAGUGUGCGACAAAGCCCGUGUUUGUGAGGAGGCGAAACAACUGGCACCACAAUCAGAAAAUGAACGCAGCCUCAAACAGGAGAAAGUACCAGAUGGGAACUGGGCAAGCUGUGAGUUGGAGUCCGACACGCUUUUGGUAAAAGAGAGAUUAGAAGACCAAACCAGCACCAGCAAUACAGCAGAGUCUACAAGCACAGAGGUCAGGAAACUGGACUGCGUAUUAAAAGAGGAGACCCUUUAUGUCACUGACGCUAAUAAAGAGUUUCAGGAUGAGUGGGCGUUGGAUACCGAAGGAGCCGAGACGUCAGAUUUUUCAGCCCACAGUUACAGCGAGCAGGAGCUGCAGCAGAUUCAGGAAGAGUGGAGCUCCGGACUUGAUCAGACCGCUGACAGUGAAGCUUACGCCGACAUCGCAGACGUCCAGGGCCUGACUUAUCGGACGCGCUAUGACGCAGAAGCGCUGGCAAGCUACAGUGUGCAUGAACUGGACAUGGGAGAUCUGGACGGUCUCGGAGAAAGAACUGAAGAUAUGUUGGGUAAUUCAGUUUCGGUUGCAGUUGGGCCUGAUCAAAAUGACCUAGACCAAGAAGGUGGGAGACAUCCCAGCUCUUCCAUCAAGAGUAAGAGAGGAAAUCGAGGCUCUUUACCUGUGCAUGUAAGCCCUGAGACGGAAAACGUGGAUCGUGACAUGCACUGUUUACUUAUUAAUGCAGACGGCCACUUGCAAGACAUAAAUUCCUUCACAGAAGUUCCAAGCGGGGUUGCAGGAGGUGCUGGACAUAGAGGACACUCACUGUAUGUUGGGGACACAUCUAGUGGUUCGCUUUAUAAAGGCCAUCCAUUGAAUCACUCUGUGAAACCCAGUGUUGGACAUGCGUUAGGAGACGGCAGGGCUUCUGCAAAAGCCUUCCCAGUUUCCCACCGAGCCGGUUCAAAUGCUGCAUUCACUUGUAACCAGUGCGGUAAGAAGUUCACUCAGGCCUGCAACCUAAAAGUGCACCAGCGUGUCCACCAGAGGGACGGUCUUCACUUGUGCAGCCACUGUGGGAAAGGAUACUCGUCCUUUAGCGACCUGCGAAGGCACAGAUGCAGUCAGACUGGAGACAAGCCCUACACCUGCACGCUGUGCGGGAACAAAUUCAGCCGACUCUGGAACCUGAAGCUGCAUCAGCGUAUUCAUACACAGGAGAAACCACACAAGUGCACCAUGUGCAGUAAGAGCUUCACCCGGGCCGACAUCUUGAAAGUCCAUCAACGUACUCACACAGGAGAAAGACCGUACUGCUGCGGUGUCUGUGGACUGAGCUUCAAACGACUGGAUCAUCUCAGGUCACAUCAGCGCAAACAUAGCGCUGACCAGAAUCCAUAAGGAAAAAGUUCACCGCACAACCUUAGAGCUGUUUUGACUUAAACUGCUAGGAGGUCAUAAUCCACAAAUUGUUGUAGGGCCAUAAAUCAUAACAUUGUUCCUGUAGAACAGGGGUGCCCAAUCUUGCUCCUGGCGAUCGAGCGCCCUGCAAAGUUUAGCUGCAAGUCUAAACACACCUGAAGCAACUAAUUACGAUCUUCCAGAUCGCUUGAAAAUUAAGGGUGUUUUUUUAAUUGGAGUUGAAGCUAAUCUUUGCAGGACAGUCAAUCUCCAGGAGCAGGGUUAGGCAUUUCUGCUGUAGAAGCUCCCAUUAUAGUUAUGUAUUCUAUAUAAUUUACAUAGUUUUUCUGAAAGGGAUAGUUCAUCCAAAAAAUUAUAUUCAUUAUUCUUUGUGGUAGUUGAAGUCCUGUAUGAUGUUCUUCUGUGGAACAUAAAAGAAGGGUUUUUUUCGUCUAUAUAAUCCGUCUUUUGUUUAGCAAAAGAAAUGAAGUAAAACAAGUAAAUGACAGAAUAUUUAUUUUUUGGUGAACUAUGCCUAGAAUUAUGGAUAAUGUGGCCAUCUUUGCAUCGAUUAAAAGUUUGAAAAUUGUUUACUUGUGAUGUAGAGUGGCCAUAGAUCGUCACUUUCAUGCUCUUUAGAGCCUUAUUGUCUGUCAAGAUCAUUUUGAAAAAUACAUUUGUUUCGGUUAAUUUUAAUAACUAAAUAUUUUAAUCAAUUUGUUCAGAUAUGCAAUGUGUGUUACAUCAUGCAAUAUCAGUCCAUUUUCAGCUUUCUGCUUCAGUGAUACAUAGUCAAAAGUCUUUUAAAAGCUUUAUCCUGUUGUUGGCUGAUUAAAUCCUCCAGCUGUCAA